AUGCCGCCCAAAGUCGAAAUUGACGACCAUAAAGACUUGAUCACUGGACUUAUACAACAGAAAUGCAAACAAGAGGAUAUCCGAUCUCUUCUACGUGAUACGCACUCCAUUAAUAUUGGGCGGACUGCCUUCCAAUCACGUCUACGAGAGUGGGGGCUACAGAAUAAGCUCGCUAAGGCUAACAAGGCUGCUGCCAUACAGGCAAGAGUCCUUGAGCUACUUCCUGUCUGUAAUCCAAAGGAGACCCUUGCCGUACUCGCAAAAGAUGGAUAUCCGACGUCGAAUAGAACAUUGCAACGGAUACGCAAGCGACUGGGCGUGAGGCUUCGGGUCAAGAAACUUCCGAUAGAGCGGGCUGAACAGGCGCCGGACAUAAUCGACGAAGACCAGGCUUACCAGGCGCAGAUUGAUGCGCAGAUCGACGCACAAAUUGCUGCGGAAGCUGCCCAGCGUGAUAUUGAAUCUUCUUCACCAAAUGCAGCGAAAGGAGUAAGGAUAGCGACGCACACAACGUCGCCAGUGGUUUCAUCACCAUCUCUACCGGUCACAACUACGUCGUCGAUGAUGGAGCCGACGAUAAGGGCCCAAGGGGAGCGUGGAGCCAGGUCUAGAGUGUCGAAGCAAGCGCACAUGCCUGUUUUAAGGCCAGCUCGCCGGACUCAGCGGAAACGGAUCUUGUAA